AUGGCGUCUGGAUUUUCAGUGAAACGGACGAGACGGCGUCAUACUGCUGUGCGCACUGGCUGCUAUACGUGCAAGAUCCGGCGGAUCAAAUGCGACGAAGCUCGGCCAACCUGUGCUCGGUGUACCUCUACCGGACGCAAGUGUGACGGAUAUCCUACGGGAUCGACUGCGUCUAAAGUAAAGGGAACAUUGCAGACCCACUUAUCCCUUCAGCCUUUUACCGACGCGGGCGAAGGUAUGUCCUUCGAUUACUUUUGCCGGCAUACAGUGUCCCAACUCUUCGGAUACGUGGACACCUCCUCCUUCUGGCGUCAUAUCAUCCUCCAGAUGUGCUAUAGUGAGCCGGUUGUUAGAUAUGCGGCGAUGUCCCUAUCGGACUUGCAUCGCAGCUUUGCCGAUUCGCUUAACCCUGGUGGCCGGAGCAACAACAUGAUGAAGAGGGAACGGUCUGCUCUUGUUCACUAUUUGUCGGCUCUUUCCCACAUGAAAUUUAUGGUUCGUUCCCAGAUCCGAUCUAUGGAUUCUGUUCUGAUGGCUUGUCUCCUGUUAUCGUCCAUCGAGAUAUUCCAAGGUCGGCACGAAGCAGCGGACGUACACCUGCGUUGCGCCUUACAAGUAUCUGGGAUGGUAGGAGACACAGGCCUUAGGCUGCAACGAUGGCAUGCAUCAGACACGACUAUGAUGUCUAAUCAUCCCAUGCUGGGAACCUUGGUGCGCCUGCGAUUCCAAUGUGACAUGUUUCUAAACGUCUCUUCCGCGAUCCCACACCAUCUGGCUCACGCCGCGCAGCAUUUCUCGCCCACAAAACAGAACCAAUUCACAAGUCUGAGCGAGGCGAGGGACAUCCUUUUCACCCAUAUCGAUCAAUUCACAAGGUUGGUCAACCGGACAGUGCUGACACAAAUCGCAACAACGCCCGGGGAUAUCGGCGAUCGGCGCAAAUACUCCGCAGCCAUGGUAGCGAGUGGGGAGCAGCUUCGACAGCUGCAAGUGGAAGGUCUAGCGGACUUGCUGCGAUGGGAUGGCGCCUAUCAAGCAUUUCUUGCCCAACACGCCCAUGCAUUUUCACCAUAUGAACAACACGCAGCCACUGUUGUGGAACUUUACCGCGAUAUUUUAAGGAUAAUGCUCCGACUGGAUCACUCGAAAGGGGAGCUGGCACCCGAUCCCUUCGAACAGGACUUUGGGCUCCUUCUAUCCCGAAUACAGAUGCUGAUAAGCGAUCCCACUGAACCUGCCGUUACCCCAGACGGACAACCAGUAUUCACCUUAGAGAUGGGCCUUGUCCCUCUUCUCUAUUCCAUCGCCAGCGACUGCCGGGGCCAUGCAAUACGCCAUGCCGCGCUUGCUAUCCUCGCAGCAUCGCCCCGUCGGGAAGGGACUUGGGAUGGCACGGCAGUGUAUGAAGUUGCCCGGCGCUGUGUGGCACUUGAAGAAACAAGCCGCCUAGAAGGCGAGAUGGCCGCAUGUGGUAUUCCACAACGCAACCGGAUACUAGGCCUAGAGGCUCAGAUCGAUCUUCUGACUAAGAAAGCUGCAGUCAUUCUACACCAGGCCGAACAAAGUCAUCAUGAGGUGAUCCAAUGGUGA